GGCUCCUCUCUCAGGAUGCCGGUCUGCCCGGGGUCAGGGCCAGGGCUCUGUUGGUCCUCACUUGGGGUCCUCUGUCUGCAGGCCGGGGUGGAAGGUCGAGACGAGGCCUGUGGCACCGUGGGGCUGCUGCUGGAGCACUCAUUUGAGAUCGGUGAGUCCAGCAGUCAGGGCCAUCCCAGUGGGAAGAUCGGGGGCCUCCUCAGCGUGGCGGCCGGGACCCUCAACGGCCUGUACCGGGUCCGGGUUCCGAGGCGGCCUGGCGCCCCUGACGGCCCAGAAGCUGGCGGCUACGUCUCCUCCUUCGUCCCCGCGUGCUCCCUGGUGGAGUCGCACCUCUCGGAUCAGCUGACACUGCACGUGGAUGUGGCUGGCAACGUGGUGGGCCUGUCGGUGGUGACGCACCCCGGGGGCUGCCGGGGCCAGGAGGUGGAGGACGUGGACCUGGAGCUGUUCAACACGUCUGUGCAGCUGCAGCCGCCGGUCACAGCCCCAGGCCCGGAGACAGCGGCCUUCAUCGAGCGCCUGGAGAUGGAGCAGGCCCAGAAGGCCAAGAACCCGCAGGAGCAGAAGUCCUUUUUCGCCAAAUACUGGCACCUCAUCCUGGGGGGGGCCGUGCUCACGCCAGAUGCCAGGCCCCAUGUCUACGUCAGCACAGAGCAGACGGCUUCCGUGUGCGCAGGCCCGGCCGUCACUCCCACCACCGGCUGCCUUCCCUGGGCCGCGGCUCCGGCUAUGGCUGCCCAGUGCCCCCAGGACCAAGUCCCAGUCCCUCAGCUGGGCCUUUGA